AUGAGCGAAGCCGUGCGAGCGUAUCGAAGUCUGCUCCGAGCGGUGAAGACGCACGUCAGCUCCUCCACCGGCAACCCGGCCUUCCAGCAAUACAUCAGCACGACAUUGAAGCAGCGAGCACGGGCAGGAGGCGACCCCGAGCUCGCCCGAGACUAUGCAUUCCUCCUGAACAGCAUUACCGAGCAUAAGGACUUGCUCUUGUCAUACAACAUCGGCAUCGACCCGGAGCAGCGGCAAAAGGACCAGUACAAGAAGGCCGCGUCGCGUGUUGGUCUGUCCCUGCCAGAGCAAUUUUCAGGCUAG